AUGUCCGCAACAGUGGACUCAUUGGUUAAGACGAUUCUAAAGAGUGGCUCGUCAGCUGGGGAGGUAACUCGUCAGUUGAGCUGGGUGAAGGACGCUAAUGCUGUGGGCAAGAGAGGCGUCACUCCUCUUAUAGCUGCAAUAGAGUCUGAGGAUGAUGAGAUCAUUUCGGUCCUAUUGGAUAGUAAGAAGGUUGACGUUAACGCUCGUGAUGCGGUGAUGGUGUUACCUCCUAUUGUCCAUGCGGUUCGUCAUGGUGGAGGAGCCCUCCUGCCUCUUAUCAAGAAAGGGGCCGAUCUGAAGGUCACUGACGAGGCUGGGGAUAAUGUGGCGCAUUGGGCGUGUAGGCUGAACGAGCCGUCGGCAGUGACUUUACUGGGCAAGUCGAGUCCCUCUAUAUUCACUGCCACUGACGAUGAAGGAAACACACCUCUUCAUGUGGCUCUCUUGGAGGGUCAACAGGAGGCUGCCUUUGCCGUGCUCGACCCCGACCUGGGCUUGGUAGAGGUACUUGAUCUCAACAGCAAGAACGAUCUCGGCGAGACCCCACUGGUGUUGGCAGUGAAAGGGCGCAUGGGGAACGUAGUGCAGUCUUUGAUUGAUACGGGCAAGAUUGACAUCGACGUUGCAGAUGAGGACGGUAACACAGCGCUUCAUAUAGCUGUGAAGAAUAAUAUGACUGCGGUAGAGCGACUACUUCUGGCAGUAGGAGCGGACGGGUCGAUCUGCAACAAGGCGGGGUUGACGCCUCAGGGGCUUGCCAAGGAGGCGAUCGAGCAAAUAAAGGCAAAUCAACAGUUGAAGGAGGAGCAACGUCACGAGAAGGAAGAGCGUAAAGCACAGAAGCUAGAG